AAACAAAAAGUGCUUUAUUUAGGCAGUGCAUGUAUGUUGUGUGCCGGGUGAUGCAUGCAACACAGUGCAGGUUGGUGUCUCUCUGCUGCUGCUGAGCUCAUGGCUCACAGGAGAGCCGGUGGCUGCUGCUGCCCCCGGGCGCCCAUGAAUGAAGACAAUGCUCGUUUCUGCCUGCUGGCCGGCCUCAUCCUGCUCUACUUGCUGUGCGGUGCUGCCAUCUUCUCAGCCCUGGAGCACCCCUUUGAGCUCCGUGCCCGCCGCCUCUGGAAACAGCAGCUGGAAAACUUCACGCAGCGAUACAGGGUCAACCUGGGUGCACUGCACACUCUGCUGCGGCAGUACGAGGAGGCGAACGGAGCUGGGAUCAGAGUGGACACCCUGAGGCCUCGCUGGGACUUCUCUGGAGCUUUCUACUUUGUGGGUACGGUCGUCUCCACUAUUGGCUUUGGCAUGACCACACCGGUGACGAUAGCUGGGAAAAUAUUCCUAAUCUUCUACGGUCUUAUCGGCUGUGCUGCCACCAUCCUCUUCUUCAACCUAUUCCUUGAGAGGAUCAUCACGAUGUUAGCUUACAUCAUGCGCUGGUGCCAUGAGCGCCGGCUGAGGUGUGCCGGGGUGGAGUCGAGCAGGGAGGAGUCUUCUGGUGAGGAGGACAGCUUGGAAGGAUGGAAACCGUCGGUUUACUAUGUGAUGCUGAUCCUGGGCGUGGCAUCGGUUGUGAUUGCGUGCAGCGCCUCCACCCUGUACAGCUCUAUGGAGAACUGGAGCUAUGUGGACUCCCUCUACUUCUGCUUUGUGGCCUUCAGCACCAUCGGCUUCGGGGACCUGGUGAGCAGUCAGAGGCAGCAGUAUGAGUCGCAGGAGGCCUACCGGCUCGGGAAUUGUCUGUUCAUCUUGAUGGGGGUGUGUUGCAUCUACUCACUUUUUAAUGUCAUUUCUAUUAUCAUCAAGCAAACUCUUACUUGGAUCGUGGGGAAGCUGGUGUGCUCAGGCCGGCAUCGGCUCUGCUCCUGCUCCAAAUCUGGCUGCCGGUGGCUCUGCUGCCCCUGCCUCCAGAAAAAAAAUCGCAACCGCCUGCAUCCGCCUGCACACCUCAGAAGAAAACGCUUAAAACCCAACACUGUGCAGCCCAUGGGUUCCCACUGCCCUGCAGGAAGACACUGCUACAGGGACGGCUCGGUGGAGACGGUGUGUGACAGUGAGACGGACCCAGGCAGAGUGGCUGAUGGGGCGUAUGUUGGCCGUCGUCUGUCAGGAGAGAUGAUCUCUGUCAAUGAGUUAAUGGUGUCCAAUAAGGUGUCACUGGCUCUGCUGCAGAAGCAGCUGAGUGAGACUGCUCACCAGGGCCCGCGGCAGAGCUACGGCCAUCAAAAUGGAUUCUCUGGAGGUGUGGGCGCCCUGGCCAUUAUGAAUAAUCGCCUACAGGAAACCAGUGUGGAUAGGUAGCCCCAACGCGAGGGCAUUAUGUGCAUUGCCUCCUAUUGGAGCCAUAAUUAGACAUGUUUUAUUACCAAGUUAUUUAGAGAAACUCAAUAAUUUGUCCCAUGACAAAUCCAAAACCUGAAUAUAAAAUAACACCCUCUAAUUAGAGUCUGUUCAGCACCUCUCUGAGUAAUUUCAAUGGGAGUCUAUGCCUGUAAAAGCAGACCUCCAGCAUUGAUUCUGGACGUCAAAUAAUUGAUUACAUUUUGUUCUAUGUAGAGAAAGACUGAAAAGAAGACAAACAAGAUUUCAAGAAUUCAGCAUCACUGUGAAGAGGGGUCUGAUAUCCUGAAGUGAUUGGCUCAUUCAAAAGCAAUCAGACGAAAGAAGCUACCAAGGAGCACUUAAAGGGGCCUGCUGAUUUAAGAGUGCUGCACAUGUCCCCUGCCCACCUCAAUAAACACGGCCAAACGUAGUGCAGUAGUCAGUAUUAGCUAACAUACAGGCAUAAACACGAUAUCUACUCAACUACCUGCAUAGAUAAAACAUUUAAGUUGUGAUUUGUAUUUAAACAGCGCUCCUUAUAGGCACUACACGAGCUCAUGAGCACCAAGACAUUUUAAUUUGUUGAUUGCUCACAAGCUGUCCAUUUUGUUUCGUCAACGCAUCAUUAACUAAUCAUGAAAGACAGCAGAUAUCCAGGGUUUUCAAAAAGGCACAUCUAAUCAAACGUGGCCUGUAGAGGACGUCCUUAAGCCAACAAGUGUUGUACGGAUAGUCAACAGAAGGGAGAACAAGAUUCAGGAUCUCCUCCACUAGCUGAAGGAGAUCCUCUACUAUGCAAGAAAACACAUUUUAAUCCAUUCUGUGUCUUUAUGUAUCUAAAGGUUUAUAUCGGUGUGAGCAGAAAAGUUCCCUCCUUAGAGACAAAAUCAUCCAUCUUCCUCUAGUGGUCACGUUUGAUGAAUUGUCCGCACUGUUUAAAACAUAAGAAAACCAGUUCUUUAGCCAGUUAUUGUGGGCAAAAACAAGUCUUCAAUUAAAUAUGCUUUAUUUAGCAUCCAAACAGUCAUGACUCUUAAAAUGUAAUGUCUAUUCACAGCAUAUAAUACAUAUAAUUAAUAUCACAAUGCAGUAUAUGAUGCAGAUACAAUGAACAACUCUUAAACUGAACUGUUUUGAUGCUGUUUGUUUUGUCAACUAUAUAAAAGAUGUAUAA